UAGUACUCAGCCCAGGUCUGAAGCUUUGAAAAAAAUAGUCCGAAGAGAACCUGCAAGUGCGGAAGACCGAAGACGCCGACGCCCGCCGACUACCACCACCGCACCACGCCCUGCCUCCAGCCUCCAGGACGACGACCGCACUACCCGUACGCACGACGCCCUCACGCAAUCACGCCCUACCAGUCGGGGCUGUUCAGAAGUCCACUGUCCACGCUAGGCCUCUGCCCGCAGUAACCGGGUCCCCAUUUUUCAGGACCUUCCCUGAAGAUAGUUAUUGGUCCUUGCAGUGAAGGACAUCAUCGCAUUUGCUACUGAUUUGGUAGCGAGUAAACCUAAGGUGUUAGCGUAGAAAUGAGCAACUCAGCAGCUGGACCCUCUUCAAAAGCCAAAGUUGGAGCGUCUCAACCAUCAGAAGUUUCAUUUAAACGUAAACGUGGAAUGUUUAAUAAGGAAUUGCGGCUUAUGAUGUAUGGAUUUGGAGAUGCCCCAAAUCCACUUCCAGAGAGUGUAGCACUUGUAGAAGACAUUGUUGUGGAAUAUGUCACAGAUAUGGUACACAAAGCUCAAGAUCUUGCCUCCAAAAGAGGGAGGCGGUUAACAGAAGAUUUUCUGUUUUUAAUUCGAAAGGACUUGCCAAAACUUAACCGAUGCACAGAGCUAUUGUCGAUGAAUAAAGAGAUCGAACAAGCCAAGAAGGCCUUUGAUGAUGAUGCAGAGAAGCUGGCCACACUUGAAUAAAUAUGUCCAUCUUCUCCUGAUGAUGUAAUAUAUGUUUGUAUACUUCUAAUGGGAUCUGUAAUGUUCUGAAUCCCCACAUUCCAUCUCUGUGCUACUCAUUAGAAACAUACAUAAAAAUAUCGAUGCCCAAUGUAUACCGACUUCUUACUUGUUAGUAAACUUGUAGAGAUGUAAUGGUACACUUACAUAAUCAGAAAAUUGGUACGGUCCUUUCCGAAUAUCAUAAAAUAAAUGUAGGAAAUCCUUUGAUGCCAA